AUGACCAUGAGUCAGGACUCGUAUUCGCAGAAUACUACCUCAACCUCUGAAGAUAUACCAAGGACCUGGCGUUUACCAAAGAAACACGUGACGCGUUUGCACGCACCUCAGUCGGAACCCGCCGCUUCACUGCGCCAUGGGCACAUCGGCACGACUACCGCAGAGAAAGCUCAUGACUCAUCUUCCAGCUCUGAGUUUGAGAAGGCAGUGAAACCAGCUGCCUUUGUUCAGACUACUCCCAAUGUCAUGAAUGAGAACAGCGCUGAUCAGAGAUACUCUUUCGUUUCUGAAGCUGGAGCCGAACAACUUCAGGACCUGAAGCACAACGAAAGGGAGCUGAUGAAACUUCUGGACGACUUUAAUUCGGACAAACUUCAUGCUUUCGACAAAAAAGAAGCGUUGUUGUCGAUGAAGCAGGUGCGAGAAAAGCAGGAGAACCUUGCGUACGUUCACUUCAAGCUAUUUGCAAAGCAGGAACGUUUGGCUCCCCGAACGCCUCAGGACCGACAACUAGCCAGCUCUCAUCUGCAGGAACUCAUCAAUAACCUGCAUGAACUCAGCGAGAUGAUGGGCAAGUUUGGUACCGAUAAUCACAGCGAGAAGAACAUUCCUGAUAACGGAGCUGUGUAG